AUGAGUUUUAUUCUGAGAGAUCCCUUCUUUGAUGGUUUUGAGGACUUGAUGGCCAACCACUGGCCGAUGCCUCUAUCGCAUUCUCGACCAAUGCCUGUAGAGGACGAGAAGGAAACUUCCAUGACCACUGGAAAGAGGCUUCGUCGUGAUGUGAUUACACCCUAUUCAGGAUUUGGAAGAAUGGAUAUGCGCGAGAGCGAGAAGGGCUAUGAGCUCAGUGUCGAUAUUCCUGGAAUGGAGAAGGAGAAUAUCAAGAUUUCAACCGAAAACAACAUCCUCGUGAUCGAGGGAGAGAGAAAGGAAGAGAAAACGAGCGAGAAGGAUAAGGUUCACUUUAUGGAACGCCACUAUGGUAGUUUCCGUAGAGAAAUAUCGCUGCCUUCGAAUGUCAAGACAGACGAUAUUGUUGCGAUGUACAAUAACGGAGUUCUCAAGCUCCACAUUCCCAAGGCCGAGCAGCAUUCUUCAAAGAGGAGCAUCACUGUGGCAUAG